GAAAGAAGAGAACAAUAGUUAAGAGAAUGGCCUUAGAAACCAUAGUUUUUCAACAAGAUCCUUUUAGUUAUGGUUGUAACCAAGAAUUUUGUGACCUAUGGGGCCUUGGAAUCCAUGAAAAUCAAGGAAAAAUCAACUCUGAAAUUUUUGAGCAAGGCUUGAUAAGUGGGGCUUGGGAGAGCAGCAUCAAUUCUUCAUCGGAUACAAGCACUGUUGAGGGAUCGAUAGCCGGAAGUAAUCUAGCUCCGGUUGUUAUGCCUGGCAGGAAGAGAAGAAGGCGGACCAAAAGCUUCAAGAAUAAGGAAGAAAUGGAGAACCAGCGGAUGACUCACAUUGCGGUGGAAAGAAAUCGCCGGCGACAAAUGAAUGAUUAUCUCGCCGUCGUCCGAUCGAUGAUGCCACCUUCCUACGCUCAAAGGGGGGACCAAGCAUCAAUCGUAGGGGGAGCCAUUAAUUUUGUGAAGGAGCUUGAACAACUCCUCCAAUUCCUUCAAUCACACAAACAAGUGAGGCAGCAAUCGUCCACCAUCCACUCCAAACUCUUCGACAAUUUCUUCACUUUUCCUCAGUACUCAACUUGUCCAAGUCGGCAAAACAUGGAUAAUUCCAUGGCCGCUGACGAUGCCAUGGCUGAGAAGCACUCUACAAUAGCUGAUGUUGAAGUGACCAUGGCAGAAAACCAUGCCAAUAUUAAGCUACUGACGAGAAGAAGACCAAAACAGCUAUUGACACUAAUCACAGGGUUUCACUCUUUGAGCCUUGCCAUCCUUCACUUGAACAUUACUACGAGAGACCAUUUGGUACUUUAUUCUUUUAGUGUCAAGGUUGAAGAUGAUUGUCAGCUAACUUCAGUGAAUGAAAUAGCCACUGCUGUGCAUGAUUUGGUGGGCAUGAUACAUGAGGAGGCGGCGUCCAGCUGAGAAGAAAGCUUAAAUAUGGUGCCAUGCCAUGCCAUCCAUCACCCCAGCCUUUCAUCUUCCAUUAUUCUUGAAAACUAGCUGUUAUCUUCAUUAUUGUCACAACCAU